AUGUGGACGCUCGAGUUGAGCUACAAUGGCAAACGAGAACAGGCACACGCGCCAGACCAAGCCCCGAUCAUCUACAACUUGACGCUGGGUCGAACACAGACGACCCGCACGUACACUGUAGGCCGACAAAGUAGGACCUUGCACCACCAGACUCGGCAUCCAACAGCAGCAUCGCUCAAGUCAGACCUAUCUGCUUCGACGUUAGAUGCCGACAUUGUAGUUGCUGGUGGACAAAUCAGCCGUCAUCAUGCAGAUGUCAUCAUCACUGCACACAAGAACCGACCCAAGGUCUCGAUUGUGGACCACUCGAGGAUUGGCACCUUCUUUGACCUUGAGAGCGAGCGUCUGAUCAAGGGCCAGCCAUAUGAACUCGAGGAUGGCCAGCUUGUGCUGCUCAGCAAGCGCAUCUUUGUCUCCCUGCGCGUUAUGGACCAGCUCCCUACCGAUCCAAAGCGGCCCAACGUCAACGUGAAGCCAAGCAUUUCUUUGAAUCCAACGGAAGCUUUGCGUUUGGGGACAACUUCUAAGCAUGAACCGGGCCUGCAGCCCAAAGCCGCGCCCAAGCGGGCAGCAUCACCAGUAUCAGCACAAGAUGCGGGCCAAGAAGCUCGGCAACAGUCUAACGUAGACCAAAAUUCAACGCCCGCACCCAAGCGCGCCAAGGCACAGCAUGCUGAGCCGGACGCCCCAUCAGCCCAUGCUCAAGUCUCCACUCGUCCUGCGUCCAGUGAUAGGCUGCAGGUCGACUCGACUGCUCCGAUGAAAUCGUCCGGUGCUGAGCACGCCGCGCUUACAGCUCAGGACGCCAGCCCAGGUCAAGCAAUAGAGAUGGCGCCCCACUCGCUCCCAGGACCGGGUGUAAAGGAGCCUUCAACAGAGGACCCUCUUGCGGCAAUGGCCAUCCGCGCUGAUCAGCCCUCACCGGUCGCUUCUCUUGAGGGGGAUCCAAGGCCGCCAGCAGCAAAUUUGCCCACUGUAGCACGGCCGGCCUUGGUGGACAGCGUCCAGCCAACUGCCGCCAGCUUGCGGCACAAGGCCGAGUUAGCUCAGGCGGCAGAGCACACCCGAACGCUCGCCACCCUGCCCAGUGCACUGCGUGCCAAGGGCACGCGACGAGCCCACCUGAUUGAGCAGGAAGAUGCGGCCAUGAUGGCACCUACUACGGCCGAGCUGAAUCAAGCGUUUGAUGAUGAACUGGAUCAAGACUCAACGGAGAUGCUGGAGGCGCAAUAUGUUCCGUAUGAGGUGCGACGAGCCCCCAUGAUUUUGCCUUAUGCCAGCCAAGUGUCGCCGAUUACUGCUGGUACCCGGGCGCUGGCACGGGAGGGCUCCAGCAGUAGCAACUACAAGCGCUUUUGCAAGGUGGCCCUACCUUAUAAUCCGCAGCAACGUGCUAUCCCUGAUAUGCGCGCUGAAACCGCGAUGACGUAUACCUCGCAACUGACGCAACACAUGCAAGCGUAUAACUCGGAGCGUCGUCGCGAACAACGCAUCCGGGAGCAGGAGAUGGCUCUAUUUGAUGAAAUGACGCAAGUAACACGGACGCAAGGGCGUCGCCGUCGUCGCUAGGAUGGACAUGUGGGACGCGAGUUGGCAGAUAACCCUGUACGCACCCGCAGUCGAGCAGAGUAGCAUACAUUGUCCAGAAAUCGAUGGUCGAUCACGG